AUGAUAGAAAUGGCAGACCUCUACUCCAGGAAUGAGCUUGGGGGGAAGUUGAAGCCGUUCACCGUUACUCCCAAGGAUGAUUAUUGGUGGAUGAGAUACAGCAAAACAUGGAGCUUCAAGGCUACAUCAGAAACAUUCAGGCCUAGGGGGAUUAAGGAAGUGCAGGUUAGGGUUCGAAAAGGGAGAUAUGAAACGCAAUUCGUGCUAAACAAGGCUUGA